AUGUUGGUCAAGAUAAAAAAAUAUUGUAUCAAUUUUCAAUAAAUUUUAAGAUUAAUUGAAUAUUAAAGGACUCUUAGAUAGAUAAUUGGAUGAAUUAGGAUCAAUGAAAGAGCAACCUAAAAAUGAUUUCUUUGUUUAUCCUUAAAUACAUAAUAAAAGAUAAAUAAAGAUAGUUUGA